ACAGGACACAAUGAAUGAUAAAAAGGGGACAUCAGCCCUGGCUGACAGAUGGCGGUUCGCAUCAACUCGAGCUUCGAGCGCCCGGUGCAAGACCUGCUGCAGUCCUUCGUCUUGUGUACAAACUUUCGUUUCUCCAGCCCGCGUUGCAACGAUGAAGUUCCUCCCAAUCCUCUGCGCCGCUGGCCUGGCCGCCGCUGCUCCGACGCAGCCGGCUGGCGAAGCGGCUGUCGAAGCCCGCCAGUUGUUUUCAGACACCGCAAACGACCUGGAAAACGGGGUGUCCAGCAACUGCCCCAAAGUCAUCUUCAUCUGCGCCCGCGGCUCCACCGAGACCGGCAACUUGGGCUCAUCCGUCUGCCCCGAGGUAGCCAACGGCCUCAAGAACUACUACCCCAACCAACUCUGGGUGCAGGGCGUCGGGGGCGCCUACACGGCCGACCUGGCCUCCAACGCGCUUCCCGGGGGCACCUCGACGGCGGCGAUGCAGGAGGCGGCCAACAUGUUCAACCUGGCGCAGCAGAAGUGCCCGAACGCGUCGGUCGCCGCGGGCGGGUACAGCCAGGGCACGGCCGUCGUCGCCGGCGGCAUCCAGUCGCUGUCGGCGGCGGCCAAGGACCAGAUCAAGGGCGUCGUGCUCUUCGGCUACACGCAGGCGCAGCAGAACCACGACACCAUCCCGAACUUCCCCGUCGACAAGACCAUGAUCUUCUGCGCCCAGGGCGACCUCGUCUGCAACGGCACCCUGAUCGUCACCGCGGCCCACUUCUCCUACAUCACCAACGGCGACGCGUCCACCAAGGGCCCGGCCUGGCUGCACGAGAAGAUUGGCGAUGCUUGAAGAACUUCCUGCGUGCUCUCCGCUGCGUUGAGGUGGGCGAAUGGGCUGGGCUGCAACACCUGGCUCGUUGGAGAAGUGGCCCCCUAAGCAAUAUGCUGUCCCGGUGCCUAAGCGGAUUAGGGGUCGUAGAUCGCGUUUUGACUCGCUGGAUGUAUUUAUCAGUUCUUGGUUGUGCCCGAAGCGAUUAUCUUCCACAAUACAUUGCGUAUACCAAAGACCACCGUUCCAACGGCCCCUCGCAACACUCACGCCACCCUUUUCCAUGAAGUUCCAACAAC